AUGUUCUUCCAAGACGGACUCACCGGCUCCGCGUGGGGUGACUGGGCCAACUACACGGACUCCCCUCUCCGUGCCUUUGAAGGAGAGCUGGGUGUGCAGGCACCUGUGGGAUUUUGGGAUCCCCUUGGCCUUUCCGCCGAUGGCGACAUGGACACGUUCAAGCGACGAAGGGCCGUCGAGCUGAAGCACGGACGCAUCUGCAUGUUGGCUUGCACCGGCUACAUCAUCCCGGAGUACUUCAGAUGGCCGGGAUUCCUGUCCCCAGAGAAGGGCCUCAAGUUCAGCGAGAUGCCGCACGGAAUUGCAGCGAUCUCCAAGGUACCACUGGAGGGCUGGCUGCAGAUCGUGCUCUUCAUCGGCCACUACGAGGGUUACUUCUGGCGGCAG